GGGCGGAAUGCGAACGUGGCAGCGCCUGACAAGCCGAUCUCCUGAGUGGCUGGGGGGCUACGUCAUUUCCGCUAGGAACUAGAGCCGACGCUUUCGGGAAGCGAACAGGAAAGUAAGGGCAGGGAGUGAAAGCGCAGACCGGAACGGGAGGUGGUGAGUACCGAUGUUCCGGGGGGGGACUGACACCGGGGACCACGGACACAGCCUCGUCCUUACCGGGUGUGAGAGCCGGCCCAGGAGCCUGCCCAGCCCCUUGCUGCCAUUCAUUGCCCGGGUAGGCCAUAUCCAGGGGAUGUCAGUGCUGCCAGGCCCUCCCUGUCACCGCACAGGGCCCUGUAACACUGUAACACUGUAACACUGCAGGCCUGGCCUCUCUGACCCACUAAACACAACACUGCAUUCACAGGGGGGUAUGGGAAAUCAGAACUUUAUUUUAAUCUAUAUAGCAAGGUGUUUGUUUUAUAGCUCGGUCUAGGAGAAGACUUGUUUGUUUAUUUUUUUUUUACCCCUUUAAAUAUAUGUAUAAAGCCUGUAUGUGUGUAUGGCUUAUUAGAAGAUAAACCUUAUACCCAAAUAAGGGAAGGGAGAAUGUAAAGACACCCUUUUGUUAUCACUAUAUAUCAGUAUUUGUUAGUAGUGCUACAGUAUCAGGAGCCAAUGUUUUGGGGUACUUGGUUGCCCUCUUUUCUUUGUGUUUUUAUUUUGUCAUGAAGUAUAGCUAUAUUGGGUCAGUUCGUAGCAGCAUAGUAGGAAAUUAGUGAUACGUGAUGUUUGGUUUUAAUUAUAAUCGUGUGGGAGCUUAGUAUUUAUCUGGAAUUGAUAUUUUGGAGUAUUUGUCCUGUUUUCUUCAUGUUUGUAUUUUGUGUAUUAUGAAGUAUAGCGAUAUUAGGUCAGUUCGUAGCAGCAGAGUCGGAAAUUAGUGAUAUGUGAUUUGGUUUUAAUUAUAAUCGUGUGGGAGCUUAGUAUUUAUCAGGAGCUGAUAUUUUGGGGUACCGUAUUUACUUGCCCUCUUUUCUUCAUGGUUAUUUUUAUUGUGUGUGUGUGUGUGUGUAAUGAAGAUUAGCUACAUUAGGUCAGUUCAUGGUAGCAGAGUUGAAAACAGUGAUACCCGACGUUCGGUUUAAAUUAUAAUCGUGACGGAGCUAAAUAUUUACUGUACAUAUUGUUAAAGGGGCGUGGAGUUUAGCUGUGUAUGUGAUGUGCAAGGAUUUCCAUAUUUUUUUUAUUUUUUUUUUGUGUGUGUGUUUGUAUAUUUUUUUGUCCAUGUCCUUUUAAUCAAGUAGUUGCGGAACUUUGGACUUAUUUCAGAAGAACUGAAAUAAUUAGAUCUUUUACCAUCAUUAUCCGCAAUCAAAGCUCACGUCCAUUAAAAUGCAUCAUAGUACAUUCAUGUUUAUGGAGCUGAGAUAAGAUAUCGUAAAAUAUCAUGCAGUACUAUUAAACUGUUCAUAGUGGGGUUUUUUUCUACGCUAUUUAGUUGCAUGCCAUGUCCACUACCAGCAUGUUAAACAUGCAUUUAUCCUAUUAUGUUAAUAGCAUAUUCUGUCAAACAGGUUUUAUUUUUCUUGAAGGCAAUAUUUUCUAGUUAUUAAGUUGUCAAUUUUAGAAGAGAAUUCCCAUCUUCGUUACCAGGGAAGCUAGCAUUGUCACAUGGAAAACCCCAUCAUUAUCUAGCAUUAGUUGCUUUGUCCAUUAAACCCUUAAGGACACAUGAUAUGUGUGACAUGUCAUGAUUCCCCUUUAUUCCAGAAGUUCGGUCCUUUAAGGGGUUAAAAGCCUACAUUAAUUUGGCAUAUAAUAUAAAAUGUAUUAAUGGGUUAUGGAUAAUAUUGUGGCACAGUAGACCAAAGUGUGUAGUUUUCAGCAGGUAAAGGCAUGAGUGUGUUUGUUACAGGUCUGUAAAGAGUAACGGGUGCUAUACAACAUAUGCACUCUACUGCAAAAGUAAUAUUGAGUUUAUAAGGAAAAAUAAGCUUUAGCAAAAGUAGAGUGCUUGCAAUCCUGAUUUUUGCUUUGAGUGAUCGCAUAGUUACCAUCAUAAUGUUAUUAAAACACACAAAAAAGUGUCUAGAAGUUGCCUAUCACAUUGUGUAUAUGUGUAUAAUUGGUCUUAAAAUGUUGGAAUGUAGGACUAUUAAAAAUCCUGUUCAGUGGAUUAAACCAUACAAUUAUUAUGAAUUACUGUUGCAUAUAUUUUUUGUAAACAAUGCUCUUUGGUCAUUUCGCCAUAAUCAUUGCUAUGUCAGUAUAACCUUCACUUAAAAAAAUGCACAUUAUCUUAAAGGGACAUUUCCCUGCCCAAAUACAAAAUAAAAUCACUGUUUACUAAAUAUACUCCCAAUAAAAACAUGCAUUUAAUUAUGCUUUUUUUUUUCAUUUGAGUUAUAUCUAAAAACAGCUUGCAAAAACUAAAGAUCUCUUGUCUGCAGCCUUUGCAAGCCCUCCCCUUCAAGCCCCGCCCAGACUUUAUGUGACUGUUCAAUCAAAGACUUCCCAAUGCAGCUCAAUGACAAGUCUUUUGUAAAGCAAAUGCUCUGGGCAAUUGCCGCCUCUUGAGUUCAGUGCAACUAAGCUAAUCAAACCAGGAAGUAACCAAUCCAGGACCUGUUGUCUGGUGGGGUGAGUGGUGGGAGAGGGGAUGUUAAUGGUUAACUUGUAAAAGUGUCAAUUUCUAUUGAAAUUGCACUUUUUCAAAAAAAAUUUAAAAAAGUAGGACACACUCUUCACUCAAAAAGUUUUUCAGGACGCUAAAGUGCUUUAGGGGUCUGGAGUGUCCCUUUAAGUCAAGCUGCUCUACUACAAAGUAGGUUAACAUAGAUGUAAUGUAUGGUCUUACACUACUGUUUUCUUUCUUCUUUACAGGAUAGGCCAGUCUGGGGAUGUACACAAGAUGAACGUAAACCAGCAACCUCACCAAGCAGCUACUCCUUACAUGCAUCCUCAACCUGGAGGAUACCAACAGCCUGUCUACGGUGGCCAAACAAUGCCUGGAGGACAUCAAUAUCCAGGGUACAAUGGGCCAGUGCAGGGGUAUCCACAGCAGGCCCCUCCACAAGGUAUGCAAAAAUCUAAUUUGUUGGCUAUAAGUUUCACUUAUUAUUUCUAUGUAGAUAUGAGUGAAAUGUCUGCUGUACAGGCAGUACAUUUUAUUUAUAUCUUUGCACACAUGACAUCUCUAAUCAAAAGCUGGAAUAGGACACAUUGGUUUAUCAAAGUUCUUAAAGACUUGUCUAAAGUACUAACUGCAGGAAUCACCAUUGAAGGCUCCUCCUCGUUUACAUUUUUGCAAUUUAUUCAGAAUAGAAUACUUUCAGGGUUAUUUACCACGAGAAUUUAAAAUAAAAUUUAAAACUAUAGCCAGAGUAUCCAAACAAAAAAACAUAGCUGACAAAUAAUUUUCACUUUAGUAAAUAACCCUGUUUGAUAAAUCUCUCAAUUUGUGCAUUUCCACGCAUGCCAUGUAAGAUAAUUAUGCACAUUACUACUUUCAAGAGGCAGAGAAUGGACUAAUAGAACGCAUUUAUAUAAGCAGAACCACAUGUUGAGUUUGGUCCAAAUAAAUCAUCCAGAACAAAUUAAAUACACUAUUCAGGAAGCAUUGUGUCAGCAGUCAGUCCGUUUAAUGAUUACCGAUCAGUACCCUCUAUUAGGAUAGCUCUGGUAUUUGUAUUAUUUAUUUCAUAUUGUUGUCUCAGAUUACUAUUAAAAAAAAAAAACUGUAGCUUUUACUCAUUACUUUGUACUAUUUUGUUUUAUGUAUUUGCUAUAUGGAGUAAAAUUGGCAUCAUAUGAAACAAAAUUCUUUGGUUGUAUAACAGGACUAGAAAUUUCUAGUAGCCCUUAACUAAUGAAAAUGUAGAUAGUUAGUAGAAAUUCACCCUAGUUAGUGUGCCAUGGACUUGUCAGGAAUGCAGUGGUAAGUAAUACGUAAUGCCUGGCUAGUAGCAUCAUGCUUGAAAUUGGAGCCCUGUUAUAAAAUAUGCUUUGUUCAAAUUGUUGAAUCAACACUUUUAAAUUUGUGAAAUGUUUACAUUACAGUUGAAACAUAUAAAUCUAUAGAAUUUUUACAAAGCUCUCACUUUGGAGUGAAGAGUAAAGGGUUAAAAGCCAGAAUGCAUCUUAAGCAAAUCUCAGCCAACUCACUGUUUUGGAUGUAAAUCUGUACUUUGCAGUUUGUCAGAAAUUUUGUUCAAUUUUUAUUUUUCCAUUGCUUCAUAACAACUAAUAUUGCAGAUCAACUAAAUUUACCAACAGUGAACCUGCAUUAGUUAUUUGUUAAUAGUAACAUAUUCAGAGUUGUCUAUUCAAGAUAUGACUAGCAGUUUAAUGGGAACAUAUCAUUCACAAAUUGUGAUAACACGUUUACCUUGAUAUAUAUGGAUUGGAUCUGUGGCCAGCAAAUGAAAAUCAAAAUACAAUUAAUUGUUAAUCACUGAGCCCAUCAUGUUGUCAUGAAGUGGGUGGGUCCCUGAAUUUUCCCUGCUUCUAAAUAAUUUAUACACCCUCCCACAAUUCUCAGUUUAAUUUUAAAUGCCUGUGUGUUAUAAGGACAGUGCAAAAAUGCACACACAGUGUUGGUAGCAUUGCUAAGUAACAAAGACUCGGAGACAGGCGGCUGUGCAUAAUGGAGGCAGCAAAGGGAGCUGUAAUCUUCCUUCUCUUCUUGCUCUGCUCCCUUGCGUGGCCUGCAGUGAUGCCAGGAGCCAGAAUAUGAUGUCACUCUGGCCCUGUAAUCACUAAUCAGCGAAUAAGAGUCAGAAGUGCUUGAAGAUGACAGCAGCCACACUGGACUCUAGGGAAAGGAUCCACUCCAGCUCUCCCAAAGGUAGGGAGGCUGGGUGGACUUAUAUAGAAUUAAAACACAUAAUUUUAUGUGUCAGUAAGUGUGUUUAGGUGACUGUCCCCCUUCUGAUCAAAUGGGAAAUGUGUUUUUGACGCCGAGCUGAUCAUGCAGCAGCUGUCCCUACCUCCAUGACUGAGAUAAUUACGCUUGAUGAUCUCAGCCAGUCCAAUGCUUUUCCAUAGGAAAGCAUUGGGAGGCUAUUGCGCGGCAAAAUGCUGCCCCAAUCAGCUUCUCCUCAUAGAGAUCAAUGCAUCUCUAUGUGGAACGUUCAGCGUCUCCAUGCAGGGCAUUGAGACACUGAACAUAGGUGCUACACAAUGUGCAGCACUGAGAUAGAGGGAGUGACUGCCACUAGAGGUUCUACUAGAUAGCAAUGUAAACACUGGAUUUUCUCUGAAAAGUAUUGUUUUCAUUGAAAUGCCUGCAGGGACAGGCUAUAGAUACCAGAACCACUACAUUAAGCACUAAUGGAUCUGGUAACUAUAGUGUCCCUUUAAGAAUUGUAAUUUUGUCCUGACCCUAAUGUUUUUUUUAGCUGGCUCCUAUAGUCAAAGCAAAUUUGUCAAGCCCUGUUGUAGCACCUCACACUCCAUUAUUUUACAGAAGUGAGAUGAUUACCAAGCUCUAUUACAUUCAUAUCCAGUCAUAUCCACUAGUCUGAACUAUAUUUUUAUGUAUUAUUGCAUUUUUUUUUUUUUUCAUAAAAUGUUAUUUUACAUUUUGGCCUGUAAACUGUCAUUCUAAGUACCUUAGCUUUUCAUCAUUGCCCACUUUUGCCUCUGAGAAUGUCUAACUGCACCUGUCAGUUAUGCCUCUGAAAUUCUUAGUUCUUGUCUGUGUUAAUUUUGUGUGGAUUCACACACCUCACAGCUUGUUCUGAUCUCUCUCAGAAAGUGAGCUGUGACCAUGCACAAUUUGCAGUUCUGCUCAUCACUGCACACAACCCGGUUCACUAAAAUGUGAAUGAGACCGUACAAACAAAUAGAAGUCAAUAUAUGAUAUAUGGCUCCUAUCAGUUUUAAAGCAUUUCAACUUAUCGUACAUGAUGGUGAAACUGCACCUAGGAAUAAACUAUUAAAUCACAUGCACCAAAAUAAGGCACCUGAUUGGUGGAACCCUUUCAUGGGCAUAAAAGAGUCUGCCUAAAGCUGCAGCCACCAUAUGUAAUGAUGUAAAGAUUCAAGAUCUUGGAAAGGUAAGGCUUGUUUUUAUUUUUUUUCCUUCAUAUAAAAGUGCAAUAGGAUAUUUAAAAGGUAAGUAUAUAUACAUGUGUGCAGUUAGACAGCAUAUACAAUCUACUAGGAAGCUUCUUAAAUGAAUUCUUGAAGCGUGAAUUUGUUCUUUUUCGUUGCUGAUGCAUCUUUUCCAUUUCUCACCCCCCCCUUUUUUUUUUCUUUUUCUAUAUUUCUUCCUAUUUGUAUUUCCAGGUUUCCAUCCUAAUUCAGGGUUCCCUCUAAAAGGGUCUCCUGAUAUUUUCAACUCUGGCACUUCUCCUUCUGUUUCCUCUGAUUAUAUAGGUAAAUGAUUAUAUACUUUGUCAUUUAUAUCAAUUUUAUUAAGAGAACUUAAUAAACCAUCCUGUUCUGGAGAAUUUCAGCACCAGGUUCACGAUUGACGUGUUUUUUGGCGAUUUCCAUGUGCAUAACUUUAUGCCAGAUCAGUGAGAUGCAUAGCCGUGAUCUGUUAGAACUUAUGAAAGCUCAUUGGACUCCUCUCACGCUUGUAGAAUUAUUUAUGCCUUGAAAGUAAAGGUGGUAAUCAGGGAGCGCCAAGGGGAUAUAUUGUUGAUUAGCCAAUAAGCACAUCUGCAUCUCUCUCACAAUUGUCAUCUGUUUACAAUAUACCAUCAGGUCCCAUAAGAUCUCCACCAACAUCAGGGACAUCAACGGCAGCAGGAACUUCUCUUCAUCCAGAACAGAUUCAGUACAAUCAAUUCGGGCAGGGUGAUGUGCAGAAUGGGCCUACACCUGCAUCAUCUGUCAAUCAGAUGCAAAGGUAUGUAUUUUCUUAUAUUCCUGUUCAAAAUUGUGGAAACUGUACAAAGAAGGAAGGGGAAGCCAUGUUUUAAUCUUUUUUUUUUAUAAAUGCUCAAAAUGUAUAUAAAUAAACCUCACAUAUUGAUAUAAAAACACUUUUUUUUAAAUUUGUUAAAGCACAAUAUUGAUAAAAGAGAAUACAAGAUGUUUUAGAAAAUGUUUCUCUUUUUUUCUUUUUUUUUGUGGAGUUGAUUUGAUUAGAACCCAUUCAGUGCACCAUGUUGUCGGACAUUCUAAAGGGCAGUGCUUUUCUGUCACUUGAGUGAGAUAAUAUUAAAUUUACACUGCAGUCACCAUAACUAUUUUAUUUUAACCCUAAAGAAAACUGUCAAGAAAAGGGUAUGUUAAAAUUUUGUGCAGUACAGGUAUACGGAUGUAUUAUUCACUUCUUAAAGUUACUUUUUUUGUUUGUCUCUCAGAAAAUGACAGCACCAAAAAGCCACAGAUUAACAUUAAGUGUAUUAGCUUGUGCUAAUUUAAGUCCAAUUUAGCCUACGCUUACACCUACAAAAAGUCUGAGCAUCUCGGGAAAUGUAGUUUGCAAAUAUGGAUUGUUAAAGUUAGCUAUUAAUAUUCUAGUCACAUAUGUAUAAAUAGGCAAAUGGAAUCCUUGGGGAAUCUUUUAAUAUUUUUUUCCACAGUACCUCAAUUAAUUUUUUGUUUAACAUAUUCAUUCUUCACAUGGUGACUUAUUAUGGUAUUUAUUUCAGACCACCAAUGUCCCAGCCCUACAUGCAACCAGGAUCAUUUCCACAGGCAGCUACUUUCCAGCAAUAUACUCCAUCCUCGACUACUGCACAGCAACUCACCAACCAAAUGAUGGGAAUGCACAUUAGCAGUGCACAAACAGCAGCCCCCCCAACAGGAGUCGGUUAUGGUAAGUGUAUAUUAAUAAUAUUAAAAAAAAUUUUUAAAAUAAAGUGCCAACAAAUUCCACAGCGCCGUACAAUGGGUGGACUAACAGACACGUAUUUGUAACCAGAUGAGUUGGACACACAGGAACAGAGAGGGGUGUUGAGGGCCCUGCUAAAUGAGCUUCUAGGCUAGUGGGAGCGGGUAUAGUGGCACAAAAGGUAAGGGUAGGGUAGAAAAGUAGGUUACUAUGAUAGUAUUCACUGAGGGCUUAGGGUUUUGUUUUGAUGACGGUUGCAGGAGAGGAAUUGGGGUUCAUGGAGGGAAAGCUGUUGACAAUUUAAUUGAUAUACUUUUCUAAGGAAGUAAGUUUUUAAUAGUUGUGUUUAGACAUUAAAGUCUCAUUAUAAGCACCAUUGCAACUUUGCAUGAUGCUAAUGUGAUGGUGGAUCAAGCCCUCUGUAGCUACCCACACCUUUUUAGAUCUACAGUGUUUUUAAAAAAAAAUCUUUGCAGGUCUAAGACAGCCUCUCAGAGCCGUCAAUCAUGCAGUUAUCUGUAGCAAUUUUUUUCAAGUUUUGGACUGACGCCCUGCUGUGACUCAACGGAACCUAAGGUGAACAAGGCUGUCAGUCACAGUAUGGCUAUCUGUUUUUAAAUUGGUUCCACUCAUCAGUGAUACUGCUCUUGGGAGAGUAAACUCUUAUCAGAUAAGAUCAGACACCAUAAACUAGAAUGAAAAGAUUUUGUUUGGGUUCUUUGUCUGCUACAGGCAGUCCCACUAAAAAGUGUUGAAAAAUUUAUGGUGAUUUUUUUUUUUUUUUUUACCCCGUAAUUUCCCUUUUACAAUUAUAUAUUGUUUCAUAAUGGUUGCCUCCAGUGUGACUGUGCACCUGGUACAAAUUCUUGGGUAAAACACUCCUGGUUCCGUUAUGUAGGAUAGUUCUGCCUUGCUCUGGCAGUCAUUUUUUGGCACAGACCUCUGUGCCAACAAUUGACAGUUGAAGUAGAAUUUAAAAAAAAUAAAAUAAACAAUUCCCAUUUAAAGUGUGCCAUGAAAUGUACACUUGAAACUAAUGGGGUUUACCUUUAUUUUACCUUGCUAUCCAAGCAUGUCUGCAUAGUACAUUGCAUUAGGAGCUGACUUUUAUGGGCUUAUCUUGCUUGGUGCUUUCAACAAGUCAUGAUUAAUAGGUGUGCCACAGUUGUGUACAAUUGGUAUUUGUCUCAUGUGCUAUUUUAUAUAAAAUCCACUUCUGUUACUAAUCCUUUGAAGAAUUUUGGUGAACUAUAAGCACUAAUGGAAUAUUGCCUUUUCACAGGAGCUCAAAGCCCUCUUCCACCGUCCUCGGGAAGUUAUCCUGCCACAGCGUCAAGUGUUUACACACCUUACUCGAACAACCAAGGUUCUCCUCCAAUGAACCUUUCACAAGGAAUUCCCCCGACGAACCUUCCACAAGUUCAACCACCACCAACGCAACAUUUUGCUGGCCCUCCACCACCACAGCGCCUUCCGUCACCACAGACACAAGGCUUUGCCCCUCCCCAAUCUUCUGCUGGUCCAACUUUAAGUUAUCCUACUCAUGUUUCUGGAAGCUCUCAAAUGUCGAUGCAAGGUCCCCCAUUGCCAGGACAGCAUAUGUCAGGCCCUCCAUUAGCUUCACCGAAUCAAGCCCCAUCUCAUUCACAGACAACUAUGCCCGGAGGUCCUCAAGGUCCCCCUCCUAUGCCUCCUGGUCAAGGAGGAUUUCCUCUCCAGCAGAAUGGUAUGCCAAUGAAACAGUUGCAUAUGUGCUUAGAACCCAGGUUUGCACUUCUUGUAUACAUUGUAGACACCAAAAACAUAUAAUUGUUCUGCAGUCAUCAAGGGCUAUGACUGAUGGGAAGGAACUUUUACAGCAUAGGUUUAAAUGAACCAUGUUAAUUUUUUUAGGUGAUUUCUUCUUUUAUUGAACAAUGUAGACCUGAGGUAUCUCAGGCUACACUCUUUGAGUAGGUGCCCAUCUCAAUAUGGGUAGGUCAACGUAAAUAUUUUAUGUAUCUGUUUUUACUGGCAUGCGAAAACUAAAAGCUAAAGUAUUAAAAUAUAGUUUUUUAAAGGAAUUAGGAAUUAAAAAUGUCUCUCUGUUUUAUAACAUGUGAUCUACAAUGUUAAAGAGAAACAGUGGUCAACAAUUGACCCUCUAAUUUUAAUGAUUUUUGUUUUUAAUGCAUUAAAAUAUGAUGUAAAGAUGCUCCUCUUCAAAGAUCAUAAAGCUGUACAGUUUAGAGAACCUGUCAACUACAUAAAGUAGAAACUAGUGUUCUAAGUGAGACUCAAUCAAAUUGAAAUUAGCAUACACUCAAAGGGUUAAUACAGUGUGCUUAAGAGUGAAAUUCAUUAAAAAAAAUCCCUGUAAAAUAAGAGACAGUGUAAAAUUGCUGCAGCCCUUAAUUGAGACGGUAUUUCUCAAAAUUAUCAGUGGUUCUUAUCCACAUUAUCUACACGUUAGCUUGAUGACCAUUCUUCAUUUGGAUAAUUAGCUCAGUGACACACUGCUCAAGGGUAAUAUAAUUUACACUAGACUACAUUUAGCAAAAUAUGUUAGUCUGACUUUUCUGAGAAGGACAAGGAUCUCCUAAUGCACAGGAGAAUUAUGGCAUCUACAGUAAAUAAUGUUGCUAUGAAUGUGAAUAAGCCUGUUCCCAGAAAUAGGUCCCUCUUUAGACCUCUACACAUUUUCAUAAAAGGGAGACAUAAACAAUGCUAUGUUGAUAGUGGAAAAAAGUACUAUGACGUUUAUUCACUAAACACAUACUUAUAGCAAAAUGUAGUCUAAAAUUGUCAAGCUGUGACUAACUGAGAUGGAGAUUUAUUUCAAGUUCGAUAUUAAGAACUAAAUUUUGCAGUUCGGUUUUCAAUUUCAACAGACACGUGAAAUUUCAAUGUCAAUUCAGUAACAUAUGUGUCAUUGUCUAAGAGCCAGCCUAAAGAGGCUCUUUAUGCCUUUUUUUUUUUUUAAAUGAGCUUUCUACAUUUUCUCAGGCUCUUUCGGACAAGUUCGGGGACCACAGCCAGGUUUUCCUGGAAAUUAUCCACGUGCCCCUAACUAUGGAAGCCAGCCUGGCCCUCCACAGGCCCCUCAAGGCCCACCACCCCCUGCUCAGAAGAGGUUGGACCCAGAUUCCAUUCCUAGUCCUGUAAGUGUUGCUUUUUACAUGUGGAUUUGGCAUUGAUGCAGAUACACCUACUAAUUCAUAAUAUUUUACCUUUACCGUACCUCCUUUCAAUGGGAGAUAUGCAAUCGGGAUGCAGUGGGUGGAGCCCGUGGCAAAGGGGGGCAGCCCGCCUACUUGAUAGGCUGUCUGGCCACCCUCCAAGCUUCAGGACCAUGCAGGAAGCAUUGCUGAAGUGCUCACUGCAUUAUUCUACGGCUGUACAGUGCAUGCGCAUGUAAUGAUGCGCUGCUUGGGAGCAGUUCCCUGUUGUCCCCAGAUGCGGGACAGGACCCAAACUGUUCGGCCAAAUGCAGAACUGUUGAGUGGCCUGCUUUAUUUCAGUACAUGCUAUAAAUAUGAGCAAAAAACAGUAUAUACACUACAAAUGUGAAAUAGAGACGUAUAACUGGAAGAAUUCCCAGGUGUACCUCACAGACACCCAAGAGACAAUGUAAAAUAGCAAAAAAAAGUGGAAAACACCCAGAAUACGUAUGAGUUAAUAUAUGGAUUGUAAAACAACCUGAUAUAGGAUGUGGUCCAUUUAUGAAUUCUGUGUAAGAAUCAAAAUGCUGACAUAGCGUGAUACAGUAAAAAAUGAAUAAAUGUAUAAAUAUAAGUGAUUGUAGAUACACUCACAAACGCACGUGAAAUAAGGCUUUUCACCCUCUCAGGGGUAAUAUGUAGUACGAUGAAUGGACUGGAAAAUCACUUCAUAGGAUAUAUGCAAAUAAAGGAAAUCGAAGAUAGUGAAGUUUGUUAUAAAAAUACAAAAUCACCUUUAUUGGUCACACUUGUGUGUGUAUAUCACAAAGAGCAUAUCUCCCAAUAACCUGGAACUCCAUACAGUGUGGUCAUCAGUCCAAAAUAGGAUCUAACAGGAGUGGUUAUGAGUAAACAGCCAGAAUGCAAAUAAAUAAAAAGUUUAAAAGCAAAGUAAAAUAACAAUACAGAAUAUAAGUCCAUAUAGAAAGAAUCCAACGCGUUUCGUCCUGUAGGGGUGUAGGACUUCUUCAGGGAUGACAUCCCUUUCUAUAUAAGUCCAUAUAGAAAGAAUCCAACGCGUUUCGUCCUGUAGGGGUGUAGGACUUCUUCAGGGAUGUCAUCCCUGAAGAAGUCCUACACCCCUACAGGACGAAACGCGUUGGAUUCUUUCUAUAUGGACUUAUAUUCUGUAUUGUUAUUUUACUUUGCUUUUUAACUUUUUAUUUAUUUGCAUUCUGGCUGUUUACUCAUAACCACUCCUGUUAGAUCCUAUUUUGGACUGAUGACCACACUGUAUGGAGUUCCAGGUUAUUGGGAGAUACGCUGUUUGUUAUAUACACACAUGUAAGUGUGACCAAUAAAUGUGAUUUUGUAUUUUUAUAACAAACUUCACUAUCUUCGAUUUCCUUUAUUUGCAUAUAUCCUAUGAAGUGAUUUUCCAGUCCAUUCAUCGUACUACAUAUUACCCCUGAGAGGGUGAAAAGCCUUAUUUCACGUGCGUUUGUGAGUGUAUCUACAAUCACUUAUAUUUAUACAUUUAUUCAUUUUUUACUGUAUCACGCUAUGUCAACAUUUUGAUUCUUACACAGAAUUCAUAAAUGGACCACAUCCUAUAUCAGGUUGUUUUACAAUCCAUAUAUUAACUCAUACGUAUUCUGCAUGCUAUAAAUACACUUACUAUUUCAUAUCUUACAUUUAUAUCUGUACAUUCAGGUAAAUGUUCAGGAGCACAUUUUGCUAGUUACUAAUGCUUGGAAAUGGAGACGUCACAUUUAAGCCUUCUACGUUACUGAAAGAUUAUUGCAGAUACACAUAAACCGUGUGUAUACAUAACCCUUUAGAGACUUCUAAACUUCUCAUUUAUUUUUCUUGCCCUGUUAAUGGUAAGUGAAUCUAAAAUUAAAGCCAAUUAGAAAGAAUCAGAAUAAUUACAAAUUACACAUCAUUGUACUUCUUCUAAUAAAUUAAUCUGUACCUUGUCUCACAUUUUUAUAUAUCCCAAUAAUAUAAAAAGGUAACCUUUAGAAGCAGACUUGCUUGAUUUGCUUUAAUUUUACCUAAUUAAUUUCUGCAUAUGACUACAAUAUGAGGUUGUUUUUCUUUUCGUAUACUGUAUUCUAAAGAGAUUAUCUACCUUUCGACUACAUUUAUUUUUAAUCUUUGUGAUUCAAAGUCAUUUUUAAGGAUCAAUGGUGUGCAGUUGCAUAAUUAUUUAGUUUUGUCUCUUGUCCAGUUUGGAGAGCUAGUGAUUAUGCUGCAUCCUUACUGUAUGUUCGAAGUCUGCUUCUUAUAGUCUGGUGUGCCCCUUUAUACUAACAUAUUGGAGAAAGGAAAGGGCUAGAUCUAAACCUAUGUCCUAGCCCAGUAUGCUAAUUUACCCCAACAGUAUGUUUAAACUUGUUGGGGGGGGAAAAACUGCCUUUGUAAUUCUAAUUUGCCUAAAAUUUUUUACUGAGCCCAGUAGACCCCUCUGUGUCUGAUUAAGUAUUAAAGACGCAUUACUAAAAUGAGGAAGUUCUACAUACAUACUUUGGCAAUACCAACUAAUGCCUAUUAGAGAAUGUGAUUAUUCUAUUUAGUUAUGUGCUCUGAUUUAUUUGUAAUCCAAGAUGUGCAAUUUAAAGUAGAGAUUUUCAUAGUUGUGAUUUGUCAUUUAGUCAAUGGAUAUAUUGAAAGCUGAAGCCAAAAAAUUACACACAUUGUUUGGUACGUCCUAACUGGGCAUCUGUAUAACUGCAAUAAGAUAUUGAUACAUAUGUGUUUCAUUAUGAACCUUUAAUUUACAAUCUCUCUAGCCUCACAUUGGCAUUCACCUUCGGUAGUUACUAAUCUUAGUAUAUGUAAAGUAUGAUUGCCUGAAAGGGAUUCCUGUAAUGUACCCUUGCUUAAAAUUGUGAUGAUUGUAUUUCGUUUUGGUGCUUGUCAUAACAUUACUUGGCAAUACUGUCUUGCACUUUUAAUUGGGUAUAGCCUGCAAGAUCUGCUUUGUGCAAGUAGCUAAUAGUUUACAGCUGCUAAAGUAACAUUAUUGUACAUCUAGUGUAUUAUUUUUUUCCUCUUGUAUGAAGGAAACACAUUUGUGAUUCAGGGGAUUAUACUUUUGGGAUUAGGGCCUACAAAUAGAAUAUAUUGAGUUGGUUCUAAUUGCACAAUGGUUAGUAGUAGAAAAAGAUUAGGUCACACUCACAUCAGCAACAACGAUAAAACCACCUGACUAAUAUAAAGCAGCUCUGAUGCAUUUAGGCCACUGAACGUGUCUUGUGGUAUCUAGCACCAAGACAUUAGCAGAAAAUCCUUUAAGUACUCCAAGUUGUCAGGUAGGGCCUCCAUGGAUCGGAUUUGUUGUUCCAGCACAUCUCACAUAUGCGUAAUCGGACCAAGAUCUGGGAAAUUUGGAGGCCAAGGCAACACCUUGAACUUUUUGCCUUUUUACUCAAACCGUUCCUGAACAAUUUUUGCAGUGUGGCAGGGUGCAUUAUCCUGUUGAGGAGACCACUGCCAUCAGGGAACAUCAUUGCGAUGAAGGGGUGUAUGGUUGGCAACAGUCUCUAGGUAGGUAGUACAUUUCAAAGUAACAUCCACAUGAAUACCUGCAGAGCAUUGUGCAAAGCAUAACACUGUCACCGCUGGCCCGCCUUCUUCCCCUAGUGCAUCCUGUUGCCAUUCUCCCUAAGGUAAACGAUGCACAUGCACCCGGCCAUCCAUCUGAUCCAAAAGAAAAUAUGAUUCAUCAAAACAGGCAGCCUUCUUCCGUUGCUCCAUGGGCACUCUGACUGUUCUGCGGCUACGCAGUAAAUUGCAAUGCACUGUGUUCUGAACCUUUCUACAAUGGCCAGCAUUACAAUUUCCGGAAAUUUGAGCUACAGUUGCUCUUCUGUGUGAUCGGACAAGACGGGCUAGCCUUCACUUUCCAUGUGCAUCAGUGAGCCUGGUUGUCCUUUCUUGCACCAGUUUUGGUAGAUACUAGACCCUGCAUACCGGAAACACGCCACAAGACUUGCUGUGAAGAUGAUCUAACUUGUCUAGCUAACACUAUUUAGCCCCUGUCAAAGUCACUCAGAUCUUUUUGCUUGCCAAUUUUUCAUUCGUCCAGCCCGUGAAAUUCAAAAACUGACUGUUCACUUGCUGCCUAGUAAAUCCAACCCCUUGACAGGUGCCAUUGUAAUGAUAUAAUAAAUGUUAUUCACUUCACCUGUCACUGGUUUUAAUGUUGUGUGCUGAUCAGUGUAUGUUUGGUAAACAGGUUGUUUUGGGGUACUUGGGGAUUUUUUUAAGUGUGUUUUUUUUUUUUUUUUUUUGUAUGUGUCGCUAGAAUGCCAAUAUGUUAAAUGUUUUGUGUUGCAUUUUUUAUAUUUCAGUGGUCUGUUCUAUAUUUAUUUAACUUAUUUAUGGGUCUGUUCACUAAACUCUACGGUUGAGGGGGGCAAGAGUUGAAAGGCUAUAGAAAAUUGAGUGGUCGUCAGAGAUGCGAUGAUUGUAAUGUGUUCGUCUAGAGAGCAAAGCCACUCGUUGUUGGGCGAGAAUAAUUUUACCGGUUUACUAAUAUCCAGGAGGAACUUUCAGAUGAUGAUGAUAGUUAAUGAUUAUUAUUUAUAUAGCGCCAACAAAUUCCGCAGAACUUGAGUUUUUAUAUAAAUGUGACAGGAGGCAUGUAGAUAGCCUCUAUUCUUUCCUUUGUUCAUUGGCCUUUAAAAUGGUGGCUUUUUAAAAUGGGUAGCCAAGAGCUGCCAAAUCCAAUGGUCCAAUAUACUACAAGUCAGAUAUAGCACCGUGGAAUUCUCACUCUUGUAGAGUAAUGCAAUAUUUAUCUGGAGGUUCGGGAACUACAGACCUUAAUGCUAUAUUAAUAUAUUUGUUGUGACUUGGUGUUUUUUUUUUUUUUGGGAGGGGGGGGGGGGGUAGGGAAUAUGUAAAAUAUUCUUUUAUCUUCCAAAGUCUGUCACAGUACUUGUUUUUGCAGUCAGAGGCUCACGACAAUGGGCAGCAGAGUGAAGCUAUCUAAAUAUCAUGGUUGCAAUUAAUUUAAUUGCAGUUCUAGUAACUUUCUAUGUGACUUGAUUUUAAAGGGAUGCUCUGAGCAGUAUGAACACCACAUCCAUGUGUAAUGGUUAUAUUGCCUGUUGUGUCUGGUUACGUCCCUCAGUUUAAUGUCAGGAAGAGUUUAACAUAAACUAAGGCUCUCCCCAGCACCCAGAGACCACAUUGAUCAUGCAUAUUUAAAACGUAGGUAUUAUCCAAACUGAGAGUCAAUGAUCGAUCAGGUGAAUGGGAGACUGGCAGGGCCGGAUUUGCCAUUAGGCCAUCAAGGCCAUGGCCUCAGGGAGGCAGGCAGGCAGGAGAGGAGCAACACUUCUGGUGGAAAGACCUCCCUCACCAGUGGUUGCUGGUGUUGUAAGAAGUUCUGUUUCCGCUUGGAACACCGUUCCAUAUAGAAAAAUAAUUUCUCAAAACACCAGUCUGCACCCCACAAACUUCCUGUUCCACCCUCAUAGUAUACUAUCUCACUGUCACCAGCGUCCACGUCACAGCAUGCUGGGAGCUGUAGGCUGUAAUGCAGCAAUGCCACUGCUGGGAACCAGCUCCCCCCCCCCCCCCAAAAAAAAAACCACACACUACAGCCCCAUUCCCUAACAUACCGUAUAGUCCCUUUUACCCCUAACACUCACUACUGCCUCUUUCCAAACACAGGAGUUAUUCAGAUGUACACACAUUACACUAGAAAUCGCCCCAUCCAUACACCUAAAAUCUUACAAAAGCCUCCCUCUCAGAAAUGCAACCUUCCCCAAUAUACACAACCCCACAAGUACCCUCCUUAGAAAUAAGCCACACCACAAGUAGCCUAUCCUCACACAAGCAAGUGAUGGAACAUCACAAGCAGCCUCCACAAACAUACACACACCUUUGUUCAGCCCUGUCCCAAUUAUCAUCCAACAACCCACUUAAUCACAUGCACUAUCCAAUCAUACACCAGACUAGUCCUAUUUACUUAUCCAGUCACAUACCCCAAAGCUAGUUCCAUUCAACCAUCCAAUCACAUACACUAAACAUUUUGUAAAUGUGUAUAUUGAAGGGUAGUGGAGUUUGAGGAGGGAGGUAACAGGGUAAAUCCAGCGUGAAGACAGGUUAUCCAAAUGCACUCGGUGAAUCAGUACCAUCCUGGUAGGACAGAAUUUAAAUGAUAAUACAGAAGUGUUAAUCCCUCUUUCCUAGUGCUGGUGGGGUGGGCUGCUGUUGUGGUAGUUGCUUAGCGUGCAACUUUAAGUUUGUGUUUAUUGAAGUUGCACAUUUCUUUGGUAUUUUUGUUAUAUUGUGCACGUUGUUCAGAGGCUAAUUGCAGUUCAACCUUUAGAGAACAGACCCUUGGUGAUUUUAGGUCACUACAUAUACAAAAUACACAUUGUGUAGCUGUGCAAUUAACAUGUUGCAUGACUGGCCAACGAUGUACUCAAAUUGACCACAAUUUGAACAGUUACUGCUACUGGAAAUAACAAUAUUACCUCUUGUUUGUUUUGUUAUACUUUAAUCUUCUUUCUCUUUGCUAUUUUGUGGCAUCGUUUAUUCUCUUCUUUAUAAAUACUAAAGCAACUUAAUGAACUGCAACCCCAGCAGAAAUCAAGACACAGAAUAGACCCAGAUGCAAUUCCUAGUCCAGUAAGUGGCUCGUGUCUGUCUUUCCCUUGUCUCGUGAUUGAUAGUGAACCCCUUUCAUGCUGUCUUGUGCAUGUAAACACCUAAUUAUUAACGCAUGCAGCCCUUUUCCCACUACUAAUUUCUCCAUUCCUUCACACGUGUAUGUUAAGUCAGUACCAUCUGGGUUGACACUAUGUUUACGCAGCAGCAAUAGUCUACCAGGACAGAGCUCUAAACUUUCUUUAGAAUUGGCAUUAACUAUAGCAUAUUUUCACUAUCCAGUUAUCUAUAUUCAACCAGUGCUGCUGUGAACAUUCUAUUGCUAAGAUACUUUUUAUAAAAGUUGGUCAUUUCUAGUUUGUGUUCGCUCAGCAUAAUUAGCUGCUAUUACAGUAAACGUGGUGAAAUCACCCAUGCAGGUCAGAAUGACUUCCAACUUUCCUUAUUUUUUUAUUUUUGUGUGUGUGUGUGUCAUUUUAAACUCAAAUUUGAUUUCAUACACAAAUGUGUAUGCCAUAGUGCCAUAUUCCGUGUUUAGUUGACAACACUCCCACAGUGUGAUAGACCACCUGAUUACAUGGAAACUCCUCUCGUGGCUGUCAGUAUGACCGCUACUAGAGGUAGGUUAACCCAGCAAUGAAAACAUUGCCUUUCCUGUAACACCGCAACAUAGCAAUGUUUUCAACAGCUGGGUUCAAGUUUUUGGUAGUAGGGGGGGUUCUCUGUUUUUUCCUUUGUACCACAAUAAACCCAUUUUGAUUAUUCACCCUAUGCUGUGCAGCCUACAUCUCUUCACUUUUGGAUGUGCUUUGGAGAUUAGCGGACCACAGAGCUCCAGUGGUAAAAUAUACCAGUGUGCAACACUCUACUACCGUAUGUAGUAGAUAUAUCCGUAUGUGCAGUGUUUGAUAUUGAAGUGCUGCGCAUACAGAGUCCAGGCACCAUAUCCACUUUAAACCAAAGAAAUGGUCAUGGUGCCGGGAGGAACUCUUUCAUUUGCAUGAUUUUAUUUUUAUUUAUGCAAGCUGAAUUUAAGAUACACAACUAUAUUUAAAAAAUAAUAAUAAAAAAUAAAUAAUUUAAAUGAUUUAUCAAAUAUGUUGUAAUUAACGCCAUAGCCAUCCUGUAUCAUGCCAGUUUGUUUUAUGAUGACAAGCUGACUUUGAUAUUUAAAACUUUUUACAUUAGUUUGGUGUUACUUUCUCACUUAUCCCUCAUUCCUAUAUUUCAGGGUUCCUCAACCUGUGGUGCACGGGGUAACUGUAGUUGAUUUAAUUCAAUAGGAAAUUGUAGCUAAUAAAGCUACAUGCUGAGUAAAUUUAUACGGGAUGUGCUUAGCUGAGUCUGUUACCAGUUGUAUUUAUGCUGACGAAGGUUGAGAAACUCUGGUUUAGCACACUAAACAAGCACUUUCCUCUAGUCUGUUGUGGAUUUGUUUGUUUGAUUCCCAAACACAUCUGCUUUAACCUCUUCACCACCAAAUACCUACCAGUGAAUUAUUGACCUGGGUACCUUGAUGGAUUGUAAUUUUAUUUAUUAAAAGGAAAUUGUCCCUUUCUGUUUAAUUUUAAAAUGUAAUAUUGGUAAAGGGCUUUGUGGAGCGCUAGCCUGUAUUUGAGGCCACAAUGUAUGUUUCAUUAUAUGAUCACAGAAUAAAGUUUAUCUUUUUAAAAUGUUCCUUUACGUAUUAAAGAUCAGUAUAUGCUGAUGAAUACCAUGGAUUUUUAUGCAUACAGUAAGGUUUAAUUUAUUGCUUAUGAAGUAUAUUAGUAUACAGUAUAGAGUGAUUAUUAAAUAUUGUUUGGAUUAUUGUUAAAGGUACCUUGAAGGGGCAAUCCAGACCCCUAAAGCAAUUAAAAAAAAAAAGAAUUAAUCUGGUUACAACUCAUGGCUUACAAGCAAUCAGUCCUGUUACUUCCUAUUUUGCUUAGCUCAGUGGAGGCAUCAAUUGUCCGAGCAUCUCAUUGACCUGCAUUGGGAAAUCUGUGAUUGGACAGCUACAGAAAGUCUGGGCUGGGUUGGUAGGGGAGUGUUUGUAAAGACUGCAGAUUUUGCAAGCUGCUUUUAGAUAUUCCCCUAAUUUGUAUUUGAGCAAUGGAGUGUCCCUUUAAAUGUUAAGAAGUGUUACAACUUAAUGCUACAGAAUACUUGUUUUCUGUUGGCAAAGCUAUCAGAAGCUUGCUAUCAGAAAACCUACUAUAUCAUAAAAUACAUUUAUAUUAAAGGAACACUUUAAGCACCAUAACCACUGCAGCCCUCUGUAGUGGUUAUGGUCCUGUGGGUCCCUGGCACCCUCCCAAUGUAAGUGGCUAAAUCCUUUUAAUAAAGUUAAAAAAAUUUUACCUGGCCCACAUGGCAACCAGAUGUCUCUCCUUAUAAGAACAGCUCUGCUUAGCUCCCUGAAGCUAGUUAGAUUCUCAAUGUUAGAGAAUCUGGAAGCAGGUCUGAAGCCAAAAGGAUCCCCCAGGUAUGUUGUGAAAUCAUUCUUAAACAGUUUGAUUUGAGUGGGGCCACUACAGCAGGUAAUAGUGAUUCUGCUGCUUGGAGUGUUCCUUUAAGACUACAAAGAGUGGGGGAAAGUACUAAACAAAUUAUUUUUAUAAUAGUACUGCAAGUUUAUAUUUAAUGCUGGUUAAUAAGCUGGUAGCUUUUAAGCCUUUGUUGAGCUACAAGUCUCCUGAUGCUCAUUGAUCAUAGCGAAGCCAGAAAGGCCCUAGCCAUAGGUGCCUGCCUGUGGAUUGGACUUUUCUUUUUCUUUUUUUUCUGCUAUUGAAAGGGACACUAUUGUCACCAAAACAACUAAAGCUUAUUGUAGUUCUGGUGAUUAUAGUUGGUCCUUUUGCUGUAAACACUCAAAAAGCAAUGUUUACGUUGCUCCAUAGUAACAGAUCUAGUGGUCACUCCUUAGACAGUCAUUAGAGGUGCUUCCUGGGUCAGUGCUACACAAUGUGUCAUCUUUGCUGCUUUGGUCAAUUUUGAAUCCAAGUUUUUAAUGUUGCAAAUCUGUUUGCAAGAAUUCAGUGACCUGCCCUUGUAUCCUGGCUUGCAGCAAAGAGAGAACAUUGUACAGUGUGCAAGACACGGAGACCUGAAUCUUCUGUUUUGUACAAACAUGGUGAUUAACUGUUAGGCCUGCUCCACUGGCCAAAAGACCUUUACCGGAAUCCAUUUUUACAGUUUGCAUGUAUAUUCAAACAUGUCUUUAUCUGUAAUACGUUUUUAUUUGCAGGUGGUAACUUGCCACUUUCCCAUGUGUAUGAAAUCCUUUUUGUUCUGUUUGAACUCCUUCUGAAAUCUUCGUAGAAUGGACCAUACGGAUUGACAGAAAGCAUACCUUUAUUUUAGUGAAGUAGCACAUCUCCGUGUCUUUUCUGCAUCAAUCAUUUCCUUUCGCACAUUAUACAAGUAAAAACUUUUUACGUUGUAUGAUCAGUGAUAUUUUCAGAGCAUAGUGAAAUUCAGGGCGUCUAACUUCUAGAAACACCAGCUUAGAAGCCUCCUCUAUAUACACAUUUGCCGUUUAGACAUUUGUAAGAGCUUCCUAAACAUUUAGGCCUUGACUUUAUUUUGUGCAACAUAUUCUAUAUUACCUUUCUCCUGUGUUGUAGAUUCAAGUCAUAGAAGAUGAUCGGGCUAACAGAAGUUCUGAGCCUUUUGUCACUGGCCUCAGGGGGCAAGUUCCACCACUCGUAACCACUAACUUUGUAGUCCGAGAUCAAGGUAUGUUUAAAUUUUUUCUGUUAUAAUGAGAACAUGCAGAUAUAUAUAUAUAUAUAUAUAUAUAUAUAUAUAUAUAUAUAUAUAUAUAUAUAUAUAUAUAUAUAUAUAUAUAUAUAUAUAUAUUUAUUUUUUUAUUUCCUUUAUUUUAUGCUAGAGUUGUAAAUGGAUAGCUGCAUUAUUUCAAUGUAUUUCAUUCAUAAGUACAGAUUAACUGCUGCAGUUGCUUUUGGCUACAAUUUUUUUCAUUUUAUUUAGUUAAUUGCAACCUUCUCUACUUAUAACAGGCAAUGCAAGUCCACGCUACAUACGAUGCACAUCCUACAAUUUCCCUGCCAGUUCGGACAUGGCAAAGCAGUCUCAGGUUCCUCUGGCUGCAGUUAUUAAACCUUUGGCAACAUUACCAUCUGAAGAGGUAAUGGUAUAUCGCUGAAUGUUUUCAUUUGUUAAAAUUAUUUACUGUAGUAAGAACAUAAUGAUUUUUUUUUCUAGUGUUUAAGUUAUUUAUGUUUUAAUAUUUCUUUGUUUUUAAAGAUCUAACCUGUACUUUACUACUUGACUGACACUUUCCAUUUUUGCAUCGUAUUCUCUCGUCAGACUGUUGCAUUUUCUGUUCACUACACCAAUAUUUUAAGUGAAUCCUUAGUACUGUGUUAUAUAUUUUCUUUAAAUCUUUCUGGACUGAAUUACGGCUGGGUAGAGCGGGUGGCCAUUAAUUCAUUCAGCUGUUGGGGUAAUCUGAGACUCUGUGGAGCUAUGCUUUGACACUUGGAGGAUAAAAUCGAGUUGGAUACUCAGCUGCUCAGUGUACAUGUGUCAACGGUGUUAUAUAAAUUGAUCUAAUACUAAAUGUUUAAGAAUUCGGUAUCAUAUUUUGAUAGUUUGUUACCUAAUCAGAAUUUGAUGCCUGGAAACCGUGUUAUAUGUAUCAAAAGGUAGCCGAUAGAAGGAAGAAAAUUACCAUAUUGUUUCUUAUGGUGUACAUUUUAUGUUGAAUAGACUCCGUGGAAGAAGUACGUUUUUACACAACAGCAUUACACAUCUUGGUAUUAUGUUCGGAUUUGCUUGUAAGAUCCCUAAUAUCUGAAUGUUGUUGAUGGGAAGUGGCAAAAAUUAUUGCUGAUUGCAAGAGAAUAUCCUGUUCUAAACUUGCUAAACAGCUUUAGUUUACGAAAUUAAUAAAAUGGUAUUACGCAAAAUAAUGUAAUUAUCUAGCAUAUUCUCAAAUCUGCAUCGAUCGUUAUACUAACUGAUCGCGUCUGUAAUAACUACACACACACUUUGUGUGUGCUGCAGCUACUUGUCAUUAUUAGUGGUACUUGUUGAGAAAUGACUAAUAAUGUUUAUAAGCAUCUGUAGCUAUUCUCCUUGUAUCCAACUCAGCAUGAGUAAACUAUGAAAAAGGCACAGCAAUGAUAAUGUUAAAUGCCCAUCAUAGACUCGCUGCUUAUAAUGGGAUCCUGUCCACCUUGUUUACUUUACUUAAAGGGACACUUUAACCACCAAAACUAGUACAUCUUAAUGUACUGGAUUUGAUGCAUGCAUUGAUGCUGCCCCUUUACUUCAUUAGUUUCCAAACCAGUCCUCAAGGCAUGCCUAUCAGCCCAGGAUUUAGGCAUUACUCAGUUGUGUUUAAGGUGUUUUUCAGAGAGAAAUAAAUCCUGGACUUGUAGGCAUGCCUUGAGGACUGGUUUGGAAACCACUGCCUUACUUGGACAAUUUUAAACAUUGCAGUUUCUCAGAGCAUUGUUUGCAUUUGUCACACCUGUCAGACAGGCACUAGUGACACUUCUGUCGUACGACCUUGGAAUUUCAAAGGUCUUCACAUUCGGCAUCUUCAAGCACAGCAAGAUGAAGCUGAAAACAUCAAAUGCUUCUUUACAUUGGAUAAACGUAAUCACAACUGAUGACUUCACCUGAAAAGCAGGCUUUUUUUUUUUUUAAUAAUUGCACUUGGGCAGUGAUGUUAACAAAAAAGGAACAUUGACAAUAAGUGUAUAAAAAAAAAAAAUUAGUUUUAACAUUAACAUAUUCCUCUAUGUGUAUGCUAGAGAUUAUAUAUGCCAAUGUCUGAUUGAAAGCUGACUUUCUAUUAAUUCUUAAAGGCUCCCCCCUGUGUGGUCGAUCAUGGAGAGACAGGGCCUGUUCGUUGCAACAGAUGCAAGGCCUAUAUGUGCCCUUUUAUGCAGUUCAUUGAGGGAGGCCGAAGAUUCCAGUGCUGCUUCUGCAGUUGUGUCACAGAUGGUAAAAGUUUGAAAUAUUCUCUUCUUUUCAACGUAACGUUUUACAAAUACUUGCAAGCAGUUACAGAUUAGUUGCUUAUAGGAACACUUUAGGGCAAGGAACUCAAACAUGCAUUCCUGACUUUUUAGUGUUAAAACCACUAUCUAGCCCCCAUGGGCCACCUUUAUUUCCCUAAAUAUAGUAAAAUCUUACUUUUAUUACAGUCUGCAGCUGCCUGCUUUGCAUUUGAUCAGCCUUCUGUCUGCUGACAUCAUCAGAAGUGAUUCUGUGAGCCAAUAACAAUGCUUCCCCAUAGGAUUGGCUGAGACUGUCAAGGAUGCAGAUCAGGGGCAGAGCCAGCAAAAGUCAAACACAGCCCUGGCCAAUUAGCAUCUCCUCAUAGAAAUGCAUUGAAUCAGUACAUCUCUAGGAGGAAAGUUCAGUGUCUGCAUGCAGAGACACUGAAUGGCAGUACAGCACAGUGGGCAGUACUGCCCCAGGAAGCACCUCUAGUAGCCAUCUGAGGAGUGGUCAGUGGAGGUAUCCCUAGGCUGUAAUGUAAACACUGCAUUAUCUCUGAAAAGACAGUGUUUACUGUAAAAGGCUUGAAGAAAAUGAUUAUACUCACCAGAACAAAUACAAUAAGCUCUAGUUGUUUUGGUGACUAUAGUGUUCCUUUAAGCUAUCUGGGCCAAUGAUAUCUGAAUAUGAAGACCUAAUUUUUUGUAUUUUUGUAGAAGGAAAAAAAAUAUUCAAAAAUAGUUCUGCGGUUUAUUUUCCUGCAAAACAUUGAAAGCCCUCAGCCUAUGAAACAGCGUUUUUUAUAGAUAAUUCCAGUGAAUGUAGACCGCAGAGUUGCCUAAUUUUUUUUUGGGGGGGGGUUGGUUUUGUUAUACUGACUUUUACUUUUUUUUUUUUUUUAAUCUAUCUAGUUCCUCCACAUUACUUCCAGCACUUGGAUCACACAGGGAAGAGAGUGGACUCCUAUGACAGACCAGAGCUGUCUAUGGGGUCGUAUGAAUUUGUAGCAACAGUUGACUACUGUAAGGUAAAAUGGCUUUCAACUUCAUCCUGUUUAUUAUAGCAACAUAAAAUAAAUGCUUUUCAUAAAACAUUCCAUUGCUCAAGUUUGACAUUUUUCAUACAACUUGUAUAUGAUCUCUGGAUCUUCUUGCAAUUCUACAAAAGUAAUUUGAUGUCCUCCAUAUGAAUAAAGUGAAAGAAACAAAGUCCUGAAUAAUACUGUGUUUGCCAUAAUGUGCUUAUAGAAUAAAUUCCAAAUUCAAGAAACGGUCUAAAUAUUUAAAACCACACUCUUUGUAGGUCCAAUGCAACUGUUAUACAGUAUAUGGAGCAGUGCAGUUCAGUCUCAAUAUUAUACCAAGGUGUAGUGUUAACUAGCAUGUUCUUAAGAAGAAGCUACAUAUGAAACUAUUGGAAUAUCCACUACUUUGCAUUACACUAGUAAACACUAUGGAUAUUUUAUGAGCUUCAGACUAUAUUUCCACUUUUAUAGUAGAUUUAUGGCCAAAAUGUAAUUACUGUCAAACAUGCUGUACAGACAACAUACAUACUAAACAUAAUCAUACUUAUACUUGUUGCACAAUACAUAUAGCUCAUAAAAAAACUUUAAAACUUUCACUUCAAAAUCCCAAAAUAGAAUUUAAGUUCAUAAUCCUGGUUUCUUUAUCAACUAAAUAUUUUACAUUCAUUCCUUCCUCCCCAUUGCAGUUGAACGUUUUCUCUGCAAAUCUGUGAAAUUUGAGAAAUUGGCUGAUGUGCUGUAUUUCAUAUAACUCGUAUUACGUUAUUUAGUGUUUAUACCUAUGUAUUGGGAACCGCAAGCAUAAGGAAUUGUAACAUAUCUACAAUGACACAUUUAUGACAUUAUUUUGCGGCUUUGUUUUGAUUUUUCCCCAUAUUGACGUUAGACAUGAAUCUCUUGUUUUCUUAAAGUGUGUUACAAUAUAUUGCAUGCUACAGAAUACCCAUUUACUUAUUUAUUUAAAAUGCAUGAGAUGAUUUAAAUCUAUUAGAACAUGUAAAUAUUUUUGUGUGCUAAAACAAAUAAGGGUACUAACAUGAAAUAUAUGAAAACAUAUUUUAAAUGCUAACAGGGAAGUUCAGUUUUUGGUGGAAUUUACUGUAUGCCUCAAUAUACUGCACAUUUGUCUAAUUACUUGUGUUAAAGUUGAUGGUAUCUGUCUUUUUAUUUUAUUGUCAGAAUAACAAGUUUCCAAACCCUCCGGCCUUCAUCUUCAUGAUUGAUGUGUCUUACAAUGCUGUGAAGAGUGGGUUGGUUGCCCUGGUCUGUGAGGAGCUCAAGCAACUUAUUGACUACCUUCCCAGGUGAGCGUGAGUAGUGUAUCUGUUCUAAAAUAAGCUGCUGUGGGUUUUUUUUUUUUUUUUUAAUUAUACACUCUGGCAUAAACCAUAAAGUUACCCAACUAGAGGUCUCUCUAUUUAUCUAUAUAUUUUAUUUAUAUAUAUAUAUAUAUAUAUAUAUAUAUAUACCCCCCAAGAAUAGUUUGUACACCAUAACAACUUAAUUGAGAUGAUGUGGUACCAGGGUGAACCCCAACCCCAAAGGUUGGUUUUCAGCGCCGGAUCUCCCUUUCCCCUGCGGCAUCCAGCUUCUACAACUGAGAUUCUGGAAGAGCGGAGUGCUGCCGGCUAGGGGCACCACUGAUUGGCUUAGAGCAUCAACUGACCACUUGAACCAAUCAGUAGCUCCCCAUUCAUAAAAAUAGGGAGCAAAGCUACCCUACCCUAAGCAAAAAUAGAUCAUUUAUUAUAAUGAUAUUUUGUAAAAUAUUUGCACAUUUCAAAUAACAUUUUGAAUUCACUCGUCUCCAUAUCAGGUGAACAUUUUUUCAAAUUAUAUUAUGAUACAAUCUGAAAUGGGUUUAAUGUUGGACCUGAGUCGAUUCAACCCUUCUUUUGUUUUUCCACAGGGAAGGAAACAUGGAAGAGUCUGUGGUCCGGGUGGGAUUCGUGACUUAUAAUAAAGUGCUCCACUUCUAUAAUGUAAAGAGCUCCCUGGCCCAGCCACAGAUGAUGGUUGUGUCAGAUGUGGCAGACAUGUUUGUUCCCCUUCUGGAUGGAUUUCUUGUGAAUGUGAAUGAGUCUAGAACGGUUAUCUUAAGGUACAUUUCUUAUCAACUUUGCAUAUGAAAUGUGUCUCCGGUCUAUGUUGUUGGUUGACUUCAGCACUUUAAAGGAAAAGUGACAUUAAAAUUUUUAUAAUCUAUUUAAAUCUUUGUUCUACUCUUUCAUCUUAUGUCUAUAUAUAUAUAUAUAUAUAUAUAUAUAUAUAUAUGUAUAUAUAUAUAUAUUAUAAAUAAUGCACACACAUCUUUAUGUGAGAGAAACAAAACCCUAGUACUACAAAGCAGAAUGGAUAGAAUGAACACUGACUAUUUUGUGCUUUGUACAGUUUGCUUGACCAAAUUCCUGAACUGUUUGCUGAUACGAGAGAAACAGAGACUGUGUUUGCCCCCGUUGUACAAGCCGGUUUGGAAGCAUUAAAGGUAAGUUGCGAUAUAAGCAGUGUAUGGAACUUUCUUUUUCGAGCUUUGCUUAGUUGAUGACUUUUGCAACGUGUGUUUUCGUAGGCAGCAGAUUGUGCAGGAAAGCUCUUUGUUUUUCACACCACUCUUCCCAUUGCUGAAGCCCCAGGAAAACUUAAGAAUAGAGAUGACAAAAAGCUAGUUAAUACAGACAAGGAAAAGGUAAGAAGCACAAAUGAUAAAUUACAUGUACUGUUUACUUAUCAAUAAAUAUCUACUAUAUACCUAUCGAUAAGACUUUUUUUUUUUCCUUCUUUAUAUUGUUUUAGAUUAAUAUAUAGAACCAAACCACGUGUAUUUCAUUUAUUGUUGAUCUUUGAUUUCAUCAGUUUAUAACAAAAUCUAGGAAAUGUAUGUAGGAGAGGGACAUUAUUUUUGUUAAAGGGCAAUCUAAGAACCUGCACAACGGUCAAGAAGAUUACCGUGCAGUCAACUUUAAUGUCAUUGAGCUGGGUAAUACUAACAAAUUAUCUGGAAUCUAUAUUGUUGAUCAUGCACAAUUUUCUUUGAAAAAGAAAACUGAAUUGGAAACGGUUGUACACUUGACCAGCUUCCACUAAAUAUCCAAGUAGUUCUUAUUAAUUUCUUACAAAUAAUGAGAUUUUGUUUGGCUGCGACCUGUAUGUGAUAUCAGCUCUACAGUGACCACUAUAAGAAUUUGUCAAGUAUGAGUUAGUGUGUGCAUGCUCACUUAUUCAUCCAUAGAAGAAGAGGUAUUGAUUAACUGAGAAGUGUUGUCCUGCCUUGCGUGAGGUUCAGAGGUAGUGGAUCGGUUCCCUACAAAAUGCUGCUGUGUAAAUAAAUGUAUUUGAAAUUGUAAGCCUUUUUUAUGUACUGCUAUAGGCAUUCAUGCUUGUUGCUAACUGGAUUUUUAUCACGGUGCCUUAGAAGUAACCUUUAGAGGGCCUAUGUUUUCUUUUAAAUAAAUCCACUCAAUGACAUGUCUCCAUUCUCACAGACAUUAUUCCAGCCUCAGACAAAUUUCUACAAUUCUUUGGCUCAGGAGUGCGUGGCCCAAGGGUGCUGUGUGGACUUGUUCUUGUUUCCCAAUCAGUUUCUAGAUGUUGCCACACUUGGUGUGGUGCCUUACCAGACUGGAGGCUCAGUCUACAAAUAUGCAUUUUUCCAGGUGAGUGUCUAAAUAUUAAACAUUGUUUAUUUAUUUUUCAAUACUAGACGUUGACUUCAUUAAAAAAAGUAACCAAAUUGAUAUACGCGUUAUGAAUAUGGAUAUAUAUGUGUAUGUAUGAAAUAUUUAAGGAAAGUCACAUGUGUUGAUGAGAAAUAGUUAUUGAGUUAAUACGAUGGAAACUUAUAGUGACACAAUAAAUCAAAUGACGAAAAAGUGAAGUGAAAUAAACUUAUUAAAUUGGUGCAGUAUAGUUUCAGCUGAAACAAAUACCGCAAUGUUUAGGUGAUAAACCACCAACCAAAAAACAUCAAAGUGCGAUUGCAGCGCUUAUAAAUAAGUCAACUUACCCGUAUAUACAAAUGGGGGGGUAAUAUGUUCUCCUAUACAUAUAAAAGAAGCUGAGAAAAUAUGCAAAACUGCAACAGAGUACAAAAGGCCACAUAGCUUGUGGUGUUUGUGUCCACAUGGACUCAAUGUAUUUAAAUUAAAAAUCCACUUCAUUUCUGCCUGUCCCAAAUUGUUUGCCAUAUCUCCUCCUCUCCAAAUAGUAAAAACAGUUUGUAGAGCGUGAAAAGUCAUGUGGAUUAUACUUGUGAUGUAAUUUAAAAUGAAGACACAUUAUGUUUUUCGUAUCCUUUCUUAAUGUUUCUAAUGUUCUAAGAUAUAUGUAUUUAGGGGUUGUUUGGUUCUCCCUACAUACAUUUUUGUCUCUGCUGAGCUCAGGGAAAAGAUUGUCAAAGAAGUUUUAUACAUUUUGAAAUAAGAAUUUAAAUAUACAAAAGUCAAUUUUUUAUUUUUAUUUUUUUUGGUACCCUCCAACCUUUACAUUUUUCUGAUUUGGUGACAUCCCUUUUUGUUUUACAGUGGCAGCAGUGUAUAUAGGAUUCAGUGCUCAUUAAAGUGCACGCUUGGCAUUUUUAUUUUGCACGUUUGCAGUACAACAGUGGAAUGCUUCCAUUCAUGUUUCUGAAAAGCUUAGGUUUUAUGGUAAAUGCUGGUGUGAGAUCUGGAGUUAGCGGGGAUUUUAUGGUCACACUUUCUUAUUAAGCUGCUAUACCGGUUCUGAAAUGAGUGUCAACAAUAUUUUCAGUGGAAUUAUUUAUCAUAUUGUAUAUUUUAAUUCAUCCUAGUCAACUUUUAUUUUCAAUUCCAUCUACAGCCUGAAACUGAUAAGGAGCGAUUCUUAAACGACCUGCGCAGGGAUGUGCAAAAAGAAAUUGGGUUUGAUGCAGUCAUGAGAGUUAGAACCAGCACUGGUAAGUUAUGAUUUUAAAGGGAAUGUGACAUCAAUAUUUUGUAUAAAAUGUAUUGCAUUUUAAUGUUUACAUUGGUACAAUAAUCUGUUGCCAGAUUGUUCUGUUUUUUUUUUCUACUUCCAUAGUUUUGCCCUAUGUAGUAAAAUAACAGUAAAGACUUGACGUGGGAAGGCUGAGUGGAGGAAACCCUAGUGGCAAUAAACACUGCCUUUUCUCUGAAAUGCCUUUAGGUACAGACACCAGAACAACUACAUUAAGCUGUAGUUGUUCUGGUGAUCAUACUGUCCCUUUAAAUUGAGUAUGCAAUAAGUAAUUUUACAAUGAUUUAUGGUGUUUAUACAUUUUAACCUCCAACAUUUCUGCAAUCUAAACACAAUGAAGAUUUCUAUGAAAGUCUCAAUGUAAAUCCUGGAAUACAAUUCAAAUACUGAGGGUACAAUUCUCAAAUAAGACAAAUCUGCAUUUCUGUCUGUAGGUGAACUGCAGGGGAAACGGUUUUUGUUUUGCUUGUGGGCUCCACCUUGUUAGUAUAGUUGCUUGAGUUUUUCUGUCCUCUUAGGCAUUAAUUGAAAGGUAAGCAGCAAAUUCCUCUAAGUUCUGAAAAUGUAACCAUAUUUUAACUCCAUUAGUUUAUCUUCGUAACUUAAAUGGCUUGAUUCUUACUAAUGUUCUGAUUUGAUGCAGUACCUCCCCUAUGGAAUUUCUGGAAAUUCUAUAUCUCUACUAAAGACUCAGUCUUAACAUUUUACAGAGAUAAUCAAGUUGAACAUAGCAGUGUGAUCAAAUGAAACACCCUGUGUUUUAUUAAAAGGACACUCCACUGCCCAAAUACAAAAUAAAUUAAAACUUGCAUUUAUUUAAUCAUAAAUUUUUCAUCUAAAAAAACUGCAGCUCUCUUACAUAUGCUGCCUUUGCAAGCCCCCCUCCCCUUCUAAACCGUCCAGACUUUCUUUGACUGUCCAAUCACAGACUUCCCCAAUGCAGCUCAAUGAGAAGUCUUUGCAAGGCAGGUGCUCUGAACAAUUGCUGCCUCGUGAGUUCAGUGUAGAUAUGCUAACCAAACCAGGAAGUAACAAGCUGUUGUCUACUUGAAAAGCCAGAGGGAUGUAACCAGUUUAACCCCCUUUAGACCGGAGGACGUACAAUUAAGCCCUAUUUUAGGCGGCUCUAAACGCCGCCUUGCGUAUUUGUACGCCCUCCGGUUUUUGUUAACUUAUCCGGUCGCCAUAAUUAGGUAUCUUAAUUAAUUACAAUUAGCGGGACCUGCCUGACAACUCAUGCCGAAAGUAAAGGGAAUUUAAUUUGAUAGCACUAUAUUUAACCCUAUAACUUUCCAAGACACCAUAAAACCUGUAUAUUUGUUUUCAGCGAAGUCUCCCGAGUACAACAGUACCCCUCAUGUACAGGUUUUAUGGUGUUUUCAAAAGUUACAGCGUCAAAUAUAAGGCUUGCGUUUCAUUUUUUUCACAUUAAAAUUUGCCAGAUUGGUUACGGUGCCUUUGAGACCCUAUGGUAGCGCGAGAAUGAAAAUUACCCCUAUGAUGGCAUACCAUUUGCAAUAGUAGACAACCCAAGGUAUUGCAAACGGGGUAUGUCCAGUCUUUUUUAGUAGCCACUUAGUCACAAACACUGGCCAAAAAUGGCGUUUUUUUUAAUUUUUCACACAAACAGAUACUAACGCUAACUUUGGCCAGUGUUUGUGACCAAAUGGCUACUAAAAAAGACUGGACAUGCCCCAUUUGCAAUACCUUGGGUUGUCUACUAUUGCAAAUGGUAUGCCAUUAUGGGUGUAAAUUUUAUUCCUGGCUACUAUAAAGUCCCAAAGGCAACGUAACCAAUCUGGCGAAUUUCAAUUUCAAAUGUAACAUGCUAUAUUUGACCCUGUAACUUCCCAAAACGCCAUAAAACCUGUACAUCGGGGGUACUGUUUUACACGUGAGACUUUGCUGAAUACAAAUAUGUGUAUUUUAUUGCAGUAAAAGCAAACAGUAUUAUGACAUUGACAGUUAAAAUGUCAUGUAGAACUAAAAAAUCAAAAAAAAUCUUUUCUCCCUUUUUUUCAUAUUAAAUUAUGUUUCAUAGCUAAAUAUUUGAUAUUAAAUGAAAGCCCUGUUUCCCCUGAAUAAAAUGAUAUAUAAUAAGGGUGGGUGCAUUUACUAUGAAAUAGGUGAAUUACGGUUGGACAGACAUGUAGCGCAAAUGCCAGGUUUUGUUUACAUUUUGUUUCGUUCACAACGUGUACAUUUGGCUCCGUCCUUAAGGGGUUAAUUUAUAAAAGUGUCAAUUUCUAUUGAAAUCUGCAUUGUUUCCAAAAUAAACAAAUAGGACACUCUUCACACAAACCUUUUCAGCAAAUUAAAGUGCUAUAGGGGUCAGGAGUGUCCCUUUAAUGAAUUUUAUUUGAUGUCAUAUCAAGAUACUAUAAUCCCAUUAGGAAUACAGUUAUAUGAACAUUAAAAUGCAAACAUGUUUGAUUUUAUUAGUUUGCCCAGGUCCAUGUGCACUUUGUACUUUCUUUAGGGAGCUACACAUUUCUUUCAUUUUAAUCUCAGAAAUUGCACUCAAACAGUCACGUGUUCAUGAUGUAAACAAAUUAAAGUUCGAUUUGAUUAAAAAAGGUUUUUGUGAGGAAUUUUUUUCUCCAUGUUUCCAUCACAACAAGGGUCUAUUUGCAUGAAUCACUUCCCGUUGGCAGACAAACCAACACUGACAUGGUUCAGUCUUUUAGAGUUCCAUUGACCUUAGCUGAUACCAGUUUCACUAUCCAGUUGAAUGAAAGUCUGACAAUUCUAAAUGUCAAGCCUCUCAAGUGUCCUUAUAAUCAUAUACCCAUUCCUCUUUUUAUGGGAGUUCACAAAUUGUGGUGUGUGUAUAACUGCCACAGCAAUAUAGUGUACAAUAAUCUGUUUAGAAAAUAAAGUUGUUCUUCCCAACAAGUGAGAGUGUAAUAUUUUCUUUUAGGCAUUCGUGCAACAGACUUCUUCGGUGCUUUCUACAUGAGCAACACCACAGAUGUAGAGCUUGCUGGAUUGGAUUGUGACAAAACUGUAACUGUGGAGUUUAAGCAUGACGAUAAACUAAAUGAAGACACGGGGGCACUUCUACAGGUAGAAUAUGUUAACAGAUUUUAAGUUCAGGUUUUUUUAGGGUGAAUAAUCUCUUUCAUAGUAUUUGGCUUUGAAUAGUGUUUUGUCUAACUCCAUAUUUACCUUAAUGAUGCUCUAUAUUUUGUAUAGCUAUUUGUGUAUUUUGUAUAGCUAUUGUGUAAAAUCAAUACAUUUCUCUUCCCUGUUAGUGUGCUGUGUUGUAUACCAGCUGUGGAGGUGAGCGUAGACUCAGAAUUCACAACAUGGCCUUGAGUUGCUGUACACAGCUGGCAGAUCUCUACAGAAACUGUGAGACUGACACACUUAUCAACUACUUUGCCAAAUUUGGUAAGUGUUUAUUCCUGGAUCUAUAAAUAGGAGAUUUAUCGGUCACGAUAACUAUACUUAUUUUCUGUAAAUAAUUGGUGCAAUUUAUUAAAUCUGUGGAUUUGGGGGGGUGGGGAUCUCCAUAUGAUGCUUCCUUUUGUACCCUAAUCCAUAUUUGAAUACAUAUUUAAGUAAAUAUUUAGUGACCCCCAGCUUUAGGUUUCAAAAGGCGUUCCUAUAAUUACCCAUGGUGUAAAGCAGUUUCUCAGUGUUUCCACAGCUGGCAAUAGUUCACACACAGGGUGGCAAGCUUGUUAUAUUAAAAUUGUAGGCCAUGUGUGUGCUGCCAAUCUAAGGGAUUGCAAUUGAUAGCAGAUUUCAUGAUGUUGCAGUGUAAAUAUGAAGAAAAUGCAGAUGCUAAAACAGGAUGUUCUAGCAUUAUUUUACCAACAUUUGUUUCCUGUAAUUGUAUACAGAAUAUUGUGUGCGUAUAUUUAAUUUAAAGGAAACACUAUAGGGUCAGGUUAAAAACACCAUCUAGCCUCCCUGGCCACCCUAAAUAUAGUAAAAUCUUACCUUUAUUUCAGUCUGCUGCUGUUGGCUCUGUCCCUGAUUCUUGGCUGACAUAAUCAGAAGUGGUGACCUGAGCCAAUCACAAUGCUUUCUCAUAGGAAAGCAUUUGAUUGGCUGAGCUUGUCAAGGAGACAGAUCAGGGGCGGAGCCAGCAAAACCCUAAUACAGCCCUGACCAAUCAGCAUCUCUAUGAGGAAAGUUCAGUGUCUCCAUGCAGAGGGAGGAUACACUGAAUGGAAGUACUGCACAGUGUGCAGCACUGCCAUAGGAAGCAUCUCUAGUAGCAUUCUGAGGAGUGGCCAAUGGAGGUAUCCCUAGGCUGUAAUGUAAACACUGCAUUUUCUUUGAAAAAACUGUGUUUACUACAAAAAGCCUGAAGAUAAUGAUUCUAAACCCCAGAACAAAUGCUAUAAACUGUAGUUGUUCUGGUGACUAUAGUGUCCCUUUUAAGCAUUGAGUAGACUGGUUAAAAGAUUACUGUUAUUGAAUGCUAUCUAACCUGUUUUUGCAGCUUAUCGUGGAGUACUGAGUUCUCCAACAAAGACUGUCCGUGACACACUGAUCAAUCAGUGUGCACAAAUAUUAGCCUGCUAUAGGAAGAACUGUGCAAGCCCUUCAUCUGCUGGCCAGGUAACCACACCAAACCACCCAUUUAACGUUUUCUCCUGGUAGCUUGAAAUAAGUAUUUAAGUUUCAAGUGUGUAGAAUCUGUGGGCAGACACAGGUCAUAAAUUUUUACAGAGAUGCCUUGAUGGUUUAUUGGGUGAUCUAGACUACUACUAUAAGUACAAGCAAUGGGGAUUAGUUACACAACUAUGAAUUGUGACAAAUUGCCAGAGAAUCCAGAAUUGUAGGACAUCAAAUCCAUUCAUGCAACAUAGUUUUCCUCAACUUAUAAAUCUAUAAAUGAAAGUUUUAUGCCUAAAUGAAUUAAUAUAUUUUACACAUCUUAAGUGGGUCUCAUUCAUAACCUUUUAAGAAUAACAGUCUGAACAGUAUGUACUACUUGUUUUGCAUUUGCAGCUCUAAAGCCUUGUAUUUGUUAAAUAUGAGUGAGGCAUUCCAUUUUUUAUAUAGGUAAUUUCAAAGGUUAGUUUAUGAUUAGACUUAUUUUGGAUGAACCACAUUGUUUGAAAUAAGACAUUUUUGAAAAAUGAAUUCAGUAAAAUUAGUCAAACAGAAAGUUUACUACAAAAUAUAUACAAAAUUAUUAUUUAUAUAUUUUCAGUACACAGAUAGGGGUAUUUUUCUGCCAUUUGGAUCAAGUGCAAAGAAAAAUUUAGAUUUUGUUUGUUUAUUUUACUGUUUAUUUAAAAAAAAAAAAAUUCUUCUAAAUCUCACUUGAUAUGUGAAUAAAAUAAACACUUAGUGGCUGUCCCCUAAACAUCAAUCAUAUUUUUAAAAAAUAUUUUGCGCCAUAUUUGGAAUCCCGAAUCAAAACAAACAUGGUCGCCGAUUGAGCAAGAUGUUUGUUUUGUGAUUAUUCUUUAUGAUGGUUCGGAAUAUCAGGAAUUCAUACGAUCACUUAUUUGGUGAAAAUUCGUACGAAUUGCAAUUCAUUACAAUCUCCAAGUCUAUUUAUGAUGCUUAUUUUCGUCAUUGGUCCUUAAGGGGUUAAUACGUCUUGUGAAUAAUUAUUUUAUGUAAUUCCUCUUCUCCGCUAUAUAUGUUAAAAAAAAAAAAAAAUAUAUAUAUAUAUAUAUAUAUAUAUAUAUAUAUAUUUGUAUGUAUGUAGUUUUUAGAAAUGGCAGCACUCACGGUCUUCACUAAAAAUCUUCUUUUAAUAGCAAGGUUAAAACAUGGGAUCGACGUUUCAGUCCCUUUAUAGGACUUUCAUCAAUAUAUAUAUAUAUAUAUAUAUAUAUAUAUAUAUAUAUAUUACACUAAGGGACAGGGAAGGGAGAGGAACACUAAAUAUUCUUGAAAACAUCGGACUGCCAUGCAUAUUUUAUGCAUUUACCACUUAAACAAAAAUUUGCAAAAAAAAUAAAUCAUAAUAAACAUGUUAAUUUAACAGUAGAUUUGUGUAGAAUUGUUUUUUUUCAAAAUGGUAAAUGUACAGAGUAUCAGUAAGUUACCGGCUAUCAGCCUCAAAGUUCACAGAUUAUUUGUAUCGACUCUAUAAAAUCAAUAUUGGUCGAUCCCUAAUAUAUAUAUGUGUAUACAUUUAUAUUUUAAAUAUUUAUGCAGCAAUACAGCUUAAUAUUCAGACAUGCUGAGAGAACUUCUUUUAAAACACCCUUUGAAAUGACUGCUGACUGAUUCUUCCACCUGUGUUGAGAAAAAACAGAUACACAUUUGCUCCCUUUUAAACCUUUGUGGAAAAUAGUUUCUUAUAUUUCUAUUCUUUGUGGCAGCUCAUACUCCCAGAAUGCAUGAAGCUACUUCCUGUUUAUUUGAACUGUGUGCUUAAAAGUGAUGUACUGCAGCCUGGGCCUGAGGUGUCUGUUGAUGAUCGAGCUUACAUCCGGCAGCUUAUCUUAUCUAUGGAUGUUGCGGAUUCAAAUGUCUUUUUCUAUCCUAGGCUAUUGCCAUUGGUAAGUAUUUCAUUCUAGCUGCAGUUCUGUUACUUCAGAUAUACAACACAUAAGUUUCAUGUACUCUAGGUUUAAUCCAAUCUCAUACAUGUAUGAUUCUUAUUUAUUUUUUUCCCUUGUUUAAAUAGUCCAAAUUGGACCCAGACAGUGACUCCUUGUCCGUUGCUAUCCGUUCAUCAGAAGAACGUCUUUCCAAAGGCGAAGUGUACUUGCUGGAGAAUGGAUUGAACCUGUUUGUAUGGGUUGGGGCAAACGUGCAGCAGGCCCUGAUCCAGAACCUCUUUGGUGUAUCCUCUUUCAGCCAGAUCGACUGUAACCUGGUAGGUGCAUGUUAGACUUAAUUUGUGUAUGUAUUGGUGUAGGUUUGUGUUGGGAUGUGGCAAUUGUAGCUGACAAAAGGAGGGGUUGUCUGUUACAAGAAAAAUUUAGUGUUAGUUGGCAUUUGUAGUCUGUAAGACUGAUGGGAUUAGUAAUUAAAUUCUAAAUUGCCACAUACCGAAUGAGGCAAAACCAUCUGUCUGCACACAUGGCACUGCAAAACCCAUGCUAUAUUUUAAAAUGUCCGGAUUUUGUAAGCAAACUGACUAAACUAAAAACGGCCCCUACAAACUGGCGGCGGGUGGGUACCCUAAAGUGUUUCUGCAGGAAUAUUUUCCCAUUCAUCCAGUAGAGCAUUUGUGAGGUCAGAUACUGAUGUUGGACAAGAAGGCCUGGCUCGCAAUCUCCUUUCCUGUUCAUUCCAAAGGUGUUCGAUGGGGUUAAGUUCCAGUUAAGUUCUUCCACACCAAUCUCAUCCAACCCUGUCUUCAUGGAUGUUGCUUUUUGUACUGGGCACAGUCAUGCUGAAAUAAAAAGGGGUCUUCCCCAAACUGUUCUCACAACGUUGGAAGCAUAGUAUUGUCUGAAAUGCUGAAGCAUUGAAAUUCACCUUCACCGGAAGUAAGGGGUGUAGCCCAACCACUGCAAAUUAGCACCAUAACACUUUCCCUGCUCCACCAAACUGUACAGUUGGCACACUGCAGUCAGGUUGGUAACAUUCUCCUGGCCUUCGUCAAACCCAGACUUGCACCUCAGACUUCCAAACAAAGACGUGUGAUUCGCCACACCACAGAACAUGUUUCCACUGCUCCAGAGUUCAGUGGCGACGUGCUUUACAACAGCGCUUGGCAUUGUACUUGGUGAUUUGAGACUUGCAUGCAGUUGCUCCGCCAUGGAAACCCAUUCCAUCUACCAUCCGUAGAAAAUCUAGUGAUUAGUGAACAACCCUGCGUGUGCUGCAGAUACUGGGGGAAGCAACAUGUUGUGCAGAGUGGAUGUAAAGUGUGGGAAAAGUUAAGAAUAGAAUGCACUGCAUAAUCUGUUAUUGCAGUAGUGGUAUUUACUUCCACUGCUACAGAUGUCUGUCUUGAAAUGAGGGGUGUGUCUAAUUAUUGUUUUUAAUGUGCUUUCAUUGGUUGUUUUUUUCCACAGAAUACUCUACCAAAUCUCGAUAAUCCAAUUUCUAGAAAAAUGCAUGCAAUUAUCACAACAUUCAGAGCACAAAGGCCACGAUACAUGAAGGUAAGGCAUGAGCAAAGGGACUUAUCACGCAUUAACGCUUCUACAGUAUAUUCUAGUAGUGAUGACGUUAGGAAAUAUUAGUUCAGUUCCUCCAGGUUUCUGUCAAGCUAUUCUUGGCCAAAAAAAUUGAGGAUUCUCCAGUACCAAAAACACAUCCUGCAACACGAUACAUUGUAAUUAGGACAUUUUCUUUUAGAAGUAUAAUAUGCAAUGAGGGAAGGUUAGCGUUUUUGUAUAAGAGACUUUGGCCAUGCCAAAUCAUUGCAAUCAGAUUGUCCUUGACUUGUCAGUUUAGUGGCGCUGAAUGAGUUGGCAAUAUUUUUAAACCUUGAAAAAACAGUGGUAAUUCAGUAUAACCAAAUCCUUCUAUAUCACUACAUACUCCUGCUGUACAAACACUUGGAUUUCCUCAGUAUGACCCACAAGCUAAGGAUGUGGGCUUUAGGUGUUGGAGCAUACUCCGGUUUAGUCAAAUCACUUGAAAAAACUGACAGACUGCACCUAUUACCUCCUAGCAUCAUAACCUUUAUAGAAGUGGUUAAAGUUCUUGGAGUCUCUCUCUCUCUCUCUCUCUCUCUCUCUCUCUCUAAAAACAAAUACUUUAUUUACUCAUUUUGGAAGGUUGAAAUUCUUCCCAAACACAUGAACGAUAUACGCAAAAUCAGCAGAGUAUGAAAACGAUUAUUCCUGUUGGUUAUGUAUCUAUUGCUUCCCAAUGCCCAAGCUUGUUGUUUUGAAAAUGGCAUGUAUGAGCCUAGAUUGAUGGCGAGUAUACAAUGAUACAACACACUGUAUAACACAAAAACGUUUAUUGACUUUACUAAAAACCCAUGAGACCUGCAUCAUUUACUGAUUGACAUAGUUUAACAUUUGCCAUAUUGAGUACAUUACACUAAUUCUAAAUAUUUAUAAAUAUAAACAUUAUUUUGCUAAUUGAAUCUCUCAAUUUCUUGUCAGCUGCUGAUUGUUAAACAAGAUGACAAGUUGGAGAUGCUCUUCAAGCGCCUGCUGGUGGAAGACAAGAACCUCAAUGGAGGAGCUUCAUAUGUAGACUUCCUCUGUCACAUGCACAAGGAAAUCCGGCAACUUUUGAGUUAGAGAUAAAGAGUUGGUGGUGCACUUCCUCAGUGACAUUUGAGAAGUUUUACUAAACCACCUUGGUCUUUUUAACUCUGCUACUGCAACCAGGACUCCCACAAAUAAAUGCAAUUUUUCUUCUUUCUUUCUUAGAAAUAAAUCCCCACAGAGAGAAUUCCCCUAAAAUAUUUUAGGAAGACAAAUCCAAUCAAUGGGUUAAAUCUCUCCUUUAUCGAGCUGUGAAGAGGCUCGCAGAAGAAUUCUGGUUGCUAGUUUUGUUGAAAUGAAUGUAGUAGAUUCUCUGCUCGGAAGAAAUCGUUGACAUACACUGGGUGAUGCCUACGUCGAUGGUCCAUUAUUGAAAGAAUGAGUGAUGCUUGUUGGAAAAGAAAUUAACUUGCUUGGACAUUAUAUACAAAGAUCAAAUAUUUCCAAUAACCUCUGAUGAAUUUCUUUUAAAUCAAUUAAGAUUUUGAAGCCGUUACUGGGUGUAUUGAGUGUUUUGUUCCUUCCACUUUUUUUUUUUUUUUAACCUUGUCACAAGGUUUUAAGCCUACCUAUUUAAGGAAUCAUCAUACCAUCACCUACAUAAUGGAGGGGGAAAUCUCCAGGGGGUUACCUAUAUUAGAACUAAAGAUUAUGUUCUGAUCGAAAAGUACUUAACCCUUCUUUGUUCCCACUCUAAAGAUGGCUUUUGGCAAUAUUUUAUUUUUCUAUACAAAAUUAAAUCAUCCUGCUUUAAUGUUCUGGAUUUUAAAUCAUUUAUUUGUAAGACCUAUUAACUAAUGGAGCCUUUCACUUUAACAUCUGAGCUUUCAUACAGGCACUCCCUGACUUGUCAUGACUUCUGCUGUAAAUAAUUUAACUUGCAUUUAUCAGCAAUCUGGAGUGUAGCACUAUAUACACCAUGUAGUGGUAGUAAAUAGAUUCUGAUGCACAAAUCAUUUAGUUAAUUUAUUAUCACAUUUAAAUACAGGCAUAAGAAGAGAAGGUGGAAUGCAGAAAGUCAUAAAACAUUCUGAAAAGAGUUUUUAUUCUUAUAUAGAUCAAGGUUUUUACUCAUCCAACAGCGACGACUUUAAGGUGAGGGACAAUAUUAUGCUCAAACACAGAACAGGUCAAAACCACUAAAGUGACGUACCUAAAAAUAAGAUGCUUUACGUAGAUUUUAUUGUCUUUGGGUGUUUUGUUUCUUUCUAUCACUAUGUAGCAAUGGAAGGAUUGGGACCAGCAGGCAAUUCAUGAAAAAGCUGAACUUUUAUUUAACACAAGAUAUUUUGCAGUAUGCACAGGAAAGAAUUUAGACAUAACAUCAUCUAACUUAAACGGGAAGAGAUUUCGAGCGAGAGUGACCUUGUGUACAUUCUGAAUACUGCAGUGGAUCGACAAAGCUUAAAGCUCAUUUACUGUUUGUUUUCCUUAAGGUACUAGUAUUGUACUCUUACAGGCUUCUAUACCAAAGUAAGAGUUCAAAGCGAUUUUCAAAUGUAACGUAAAAGUAGCAAACUGGAAAAAUUCUCUGUCUGUUAUACUUUCAGUUCAUCUACUCUGGCCUUAAAUUUAUAAAUCACUUUUAAUUCUCACUUUAGUAAAUACUACUGUUAGAUAUGUUUUUCUUAUGCCUCUUCCCUUCUAAUGUCACUUUGUCGAGAAAGAUCAGGAUAAUGAGCUCUGAGACGACUGCUGACUCAGAUGGGAGAACCUUCUUCAGGAAUCUGCUUAUUAGUUUAUGCACCAUGGGAAAUAACUUGUAGUUUAUUGUCAGUAUUUUUAUUUUUAUUUUUCAUCCCGUUAAUAGUCAAUAAAAAUUCAUAGAUGCCUCUGGAUAAUCAGACCUUGGCAGCCGAUGUAUACUAAUGUUUAGUAUUAACUGUCAUGUUGAUUUAAAGAGGGGAAAUUAUAAAUUAUAUACAUAUAUAUAUUCCAGUCUUUUCUUCAUUUGUGUGUUUUGCCAAUGCAACUUUUAAUUUGUAAAGAAAUAAAUUAAAUAAAUUCAUAUGUAUUUAAGUGAAUUGUUUGUGAACACUGAAAACCUUCCUAGUCUUCCCUACCAACCUCGUAUGUUGCAUUUUGUUCAGGUAUAUGUAUGCUGUGGAGAGUUUAACUAUCAUUUCCAAUCUAUUAAGAUAUGUGAACUAAUUAGGUAAUCUUUGAGGAAAAAUAAAAUCUCAUCUGAAAUACAUUACAUAGUUACAUAGCUGAAAAGAAACUUGCGUCCACCAAGUUCAG